AUGGUGCUCAGAUCGGAAGAGCAGAGCCAGUUGCAGCUCGUCGAGAGGGAAGAUAUUGACGAUGAGGAGGAUUUGUUUGAAGCGAUAGAUAAACUGAUUUCACAAGGAAUUAACGCAGGCGAUGUGAAGAAGCUCCAAGAUGCUGGGAUCUUCACCUGCAACGGCUUAAUGAUGCAUACGAAGAAGAGUUUAACGGGCAUCAAAGGCUUAUCCGAGGCAAAGGUCGAUAAGAUAUGUGAAGCAGCUGAAAAGCUAGUUAAUGUCGGUUACAUUACCGGGAGUGAUGCUUUGCUCAGGAGAAAGUCGGUGAUUCGUAUAACAACCGGAAGCCAGGCCCUAGAUGAACUGCUUGGCGGUGGGAUUGAAACAUCGGCAAUCACAGAAGCAUUUGGCGAAUUCCGGUCUGGGAAGACACAGCUCGCGCACACCCUAUGCGUUUCCACCCAGCUUCCAACAAGCAUGCGAGGAGGGAAUGGAAAGGUUGCCUAUAUCGACACUGAAGGAACUUUUCGUCCUGAUCGUAUUGUGCCAAUAGCUGAAAGGUUUGGCAUGGAUGCAAGUGCUGUCCUCGACAAUAUCAUUUAUGCGCGCGCAUACACUUACGAGCAUCAGUACAGCCUCCUGCUCGGUCUGGCGGCUAAAAUGUCUGAAGAACCAUUCAGAAUUCUGAUUGUAGAUUCGGUAAUUGCUCUGUUCCGAGUAGAUUUCACAGGAAGGGGAGAACUUGCAGAACGCCAGCAAAAACUGGCUCAGAUGCUUUCUCGUUUGACAAAAAUAGCUGAGGAAUUCAAUGUUGCAGUCUACAUGACCAACCAAGUAAUAGCCGACCCAGGAGGAGGGGUAUUCGUGACAGAUCCAAAGAAACCUGCCGGGGGACACGUGCUAGCCCAUGCAGCCACGGUUCGGCUGAUGUUUAGGAAAGGGAAAGGUGAACAGCGUGUCUGCAAGAUGUUUGAUGCCCCAAACCUGCCCGAGGCCGAAGCAGUAUUCCAGAUAACACCUGGGGGCAUCGCAGACGCCAAAGAUUGAAUUCUUUCAUUGCGGAAUUGCUUCCUAGAAAAAAAAAAUCAGAUUUUGGAACAGCAGUUCAGAUCGACUGAUAGAGGGCUUUGGCUAUAAAAAUUCAACCCCAACUCGUUUUGAACCUUAGCAGCAUAGUAAGGGUUUAGAUACCCUUUGUACACGCUGCAAAUAUUUCAUACCUUUGAAGCUCUAAUUGUAAUUGCAAAGGCAGGUCGUGAUGUUGUAAUACAAUAUAAGGCAUUUCCAACUUGUUAUAUAAUGUCUCUAAUAAUGCAGCCAAACAGCAGCCCCUAAUGACAUAUCACCG